AUGGAUGACGAAGACUCUUUCGUUUCACGCAAGCGGACGCGUCGCAGGGCCGUGGAUCCCAGUUUAGGUUACUAUCAUCCCACGGGUGGCAUGGAAGAGACGAUUGCGCAGGAUAAUAAAACAUUUUAUGGUGAUGGCAAGUCUUCAACUCGUCGCAAUACUUGCGAAGAAUUCACAGGCAAUGUGGCAAACAACCCUGUCCUACCUACCUCGACCACUCAAUUUUCAGCGGUUGUUCGGGGUGUUUCCCAUGAAUAUGAGUUAGAAGAAAGAGAGGUUACCGUCGAUCAAUUCCUAAAGACUCCCAGUGUGAACGACAAAGCUAUACGCAAGCGGCCACAUCGUGUACGAGGUCAGAAGUCGAACAAAGAGGACGCAAAAGAUCUGCAAAAGGAGAGAAUCCAACGUCGGAUUCAGCAUAUCCGCACCAUUGGCAGUCCCAGCAUCGAUACCUCUGAAACUGUCGUCCCAUCUCUGCAUGCACGUUGGAAGCCCACAAGUAGUCAUGGGACCAUGAAUGCAAUGGAAAGUGACGCAAAGCCUAGUCCAGUCAAGCGGCGAUCCAAUGGGAAGCUCCGGCAUGUUAAAUUUCUUCCACGCGAAUGGAGUCAGCAACCUCUAGACGAUACUAUUGCGACCAAGAAGGGGAAACGAUCACUGCAAAAUCCUCAACGGAAGAUAAAGCAUCUUCCCUCCCUUAUGCCGCCACUCUCUUUCGAGUCUUUUGUGGAACACGAAGCAAAACUAAAGACCUGGUUUCGCCCUAGUGUUCAACGUUGUGGGACAAUGCUGCAAUUGACCUGA